AUGGGCGACGUAGGGCGCGCCUUUAGGCCCAUUGCUCCUCGGACCAUGCCUUCAGGUGGCGGUCCUGGAGGCGACCGGCCUCCCGGAGGUGGUGCUGGCGCCCUCCCCAGAGGAAGCCAAGAUGAAAAGGGCCUCCACGGCCUUUCUCCCCCUUCCCUUCCCUCACUUUCUCUACCCGUCUCUGACCUCCCCCACCCCACCCUCUCCUCUACUUCUUUUGCCCUGUGCACUGGUAUGCCAUGUACGGAAUGCGUCACUCAUGGCCGUGAAUGCGUCACAGAUGAACUAUCUGACAAGCGCCGGAAAGCCUCCGCAAGAAGGACACAGGAGGAACUGAACGAUACUAGGACAAUCCUGGACUCGCUGCUUGAGCUUAUGCGUAUCGGCGACCCGGCUUCCUUGCAGAGUAUGAUUCAGACUGUCCGUGGUGGUGCUGGGUUAGACGAAAUCCGCAAUUUUCUCGACCAAGUCCUUCCCACCCAACAAUCGAAUAUUUUGAAUUCUCAACAUCCACCUCACAACCUGGACCCAAUGAUGGACCCCAGCAUGAGGGGUUACUUCAACCCGAAUUCGCAUUAA